AUGCUUCCCCAAUUCAUCAUCGUUGCCCUCGCCGCCACCAUGGCCGCUGCACAGACCUCUUCCGUCGGGGCUCCCGCCGGGGCUCCCUCUGGCAUCCCUCAAAUCCCGCAAUGUCUGAAGGACUGCUUCCUCCCGGCUAUCAAGGAGACCAACUGCACCAUGGCCGAAGGCCCCAGCUGUCUGUGCAAUGACGAAGUGUUCACUGCGUCGAUGAAGGAGUGUGUGCCCACCAGCUGCAAGGACUCGCCCGACGUCGUCAAGAAGGCUGAGGAAAUGGCGAUCAAGGGUUGUGCCAACCUGAAGGACUGCUUCCUCCCGGCGAUCAAGGAGACCAACUGCACCAUGGCCGAAGGCCCCAGCUGUCUGUGCAAUGACGAGGAGUUCAAGGCGGCGAUGAAGGAGUGUGUGCCCACCAGCUGCAAGGACGAGCCCGAGGUCGCCAAGACUGCGGAGGAAAUGGCCAUCAAGGGAUGUGCCAAGUACACUGCUGUCCCUUCUGCGGACGCCAAGGCUUCUAUGUGGUAA